AUGGAGGCCAGUUGGGAGGAGCUCCGCGCCCUGGAAGCCGAGGUCGCAGCCCUGCGGCGGGCGCGGUCGCGGGCGCCCUGGGGAGACGCCCUCGGAGCCGGACAUCAGCUACGAUCUGAAGAAGGGAACUCUUCUGAGAAUCUAAAAAAUCAUAUUGGACAGUUAGAAUCAGAACUUGCAUUUCUAAGUAAACUUACUGGCAUCAACAUAACGAAAUGUUCGAAGUAUACAGAAGAGAUAACAAGCGCUGAGAUGAAAGAAGCAGGUAUAAAGAAAGUUCUGCAAAAACACAGAUUAUCAGGGCAUUGUCACAUGAUUAGAUUUGAACUUGAAUUUCAGAUUCUGGAAAUACAGAAUAAAGAGAAUUCGUCUUCUGUUAUUACUGACCUCAAUAUAAUAGAACCCACCAACUAUCCAGAAUUAAGUGAAUUUGUAUCUAGUGUAGAAGAAAGGAGAGAUCUUGUCUUAUUUUUCCAGACCCUACACUUUUUUGUGGAGUGCUUUGAACACCGUAUGCGCACGUUUAAACAUUUCAAGGAGAAGUACCCAGGAACUGUGCAUCUCUAUGAGGGGACCUCGGGCAGCAGCAUGGGGAUCCGGAGCACCAAGCAGCCUGGGUUUGAAUGCCUCAUUGUUUGGAUGAUACAAAUAGACGAGCGGGGGAAAGUGUGGCCAGCGCUGGAUCUUCUCCCCCAAGUACCAGAACAAGCCCUGGAGCUGGACAAGAACAGAAUCAUAGAAACAGCUCCUCUCAGCUUCCGGAGCUUGCUGGGAGUGCUGGGCAUCCAGGGCACGCUGGAAAGCCUGAUCACAGUUUUCGGCCUCCCGGCACACGCUUAG